AUGAAUUUCACAAAAGGUAAAGGCUUUGGAAUGGAUCGUGUAUAUAACGAAUGGUUCUACCGAGUCCGUGCUAAAAUUUUGCCCAUAAGCGGUUCUCUGAUACACCAAACAGCUGUAGAAAUGGCUAAAAAUUUAGGUAAAAAUAAUUUCAAGACAUCCAACGGAUAG